AUAAAUCCGGAGCAAGCCCUCACAGCAUUCUUGGCCAAAGUGGAAUUGGAGCAGCUCUCCAUCUACGGGCAACAAACGGAACAGCAGAUAUUGGAGCCGCUCAAGGCCUAUGACCAAUUUGUGGAGCAGUGCUUCAGUCCAUUUGCGUCCACCCUGGCACGAGACAGGAGUCCCUAUCGGGACCUCGAGGCCGAGCUGAACAACAUGGUGUCGGCGCUCAAGGCGGAAGUGGACAAUGCAGUGGCUGGGCCUGGGCGUGGGCUGUCGCCAGCGGACACGCAUGACGGCUGCUGGCCUGCACUCGGCGCUGGUCGCAGGGUCCAGUUGGCCCAACACCUGCUGCCCCAGCUGCCCUCAGCCCACUGGCAGGACCGGGGGCUCGAGGAGAAGGACUGGCUCGGCUUGGCAGCCCAGCUGUACUCUGAGACAUUCUCACCCGAGUUCUUGGUGCCCCUGCUAGAGGAUGAUGUGGCCUUUACGCUCCAGGUGGUGGACGUGGAUCUGACUAAGUACAGGGAGCUUGCGCAGACGCACGGAGCCGUGGACAUAGACACAUCCAGGGUUGUCCACCUUCCCAAAGGGAAGAUCCACAUACACACUCCUUACCUGGAUCCAUCUGCGUUCAACCCUCAGUCAUCCGCUGCUGGCCACACAACCACGUCCAAAACUAAAAGGCCCCCAUGGAAGCGGCAGGAGAGCGGGAGUGAGCGACCCAGUCUUCCCCCGGCGGUCCCCCACCCGGCCAAGAUUGCACUGAUCAUCUUCAACCGUGAGAAUGAAGACCCAAUACCGUUGGACUCGGAUGCCUGCCAGCAGGUUCUCAAGGCUGUCUACAGUGGGAGCAGCACUGCACAGCCCGUCGGGAGCAGCGGGGCUAGCAGCAGUGGCACUCCGAGCAUCCAGAUGACACCGUCAGCCGAGGACGUCAGUCUCGAGCCACAGGGUCAGAGGGCUACGUACACCCACGGAGGCCCACACAAUAGCACCUGCGUAUGACAAGCGGCCACUGGUGGUUUCGGUUGGGCAUGACGCGGUUUGUCGUCUCCAGCUACACGACACGGUUGCUGCGACAAUAUGCAUAUGAGCUGCAUGCAUAUGAGCUUCGUAUGCGUACGAGCUGUCGUGAGUUGCAUGUAGGUUGAAGUGGAUUUUGCUCAGCCCGCUUAGAAGGCAUGGGGGGGGCCAUACAAAGUCACUCGGCCAGAAAUGGGAUGUACCCAUCUGAACACCGAAUUUACAACUAGCUUUAGCAUUGAACAAGUACCACGAGCAGCUAGCACUAGCAGCUAGUUAGGGUGCAUUGAGAAAGUAUUGCUAGCACUUCAUAUCGAGACAGAGGAUAACAGGAAGAUAGAGAAUUGAAGUGAUCAGCUGUGGUUAAAGAAGGGUUGUUGCUAGAACCAAUGUCUCGGCAAGCGGAUUUGUCUUCAGUUGGCAUUGGUUCAUGAAAACGUCGAAGGCAAGCUGUAGCAUCAAUAAAGACAAGUCCACUCGUCGAAACAUUGGCUCCAGUGACAUCUCUGGUUGAACUACUGUUGAUCACUAGCGAAUCAUGUUUUUCAAAAAUGACGCGUACAAAAGGAGGACAUUGUCCUUUGAAAGGUCAGGCUUUACAGUUGGUGCAGUGAAAGCAGUUCUUCAUGAAAGGUAGCAGUUGCCAAGUGAGAGCAUUGUUUGAAUCCCUCCAUAAUAGUAUCUCGACGGCUACCAGAUUGUCUGUUGAAAUUCCUUGGAAUGUGACACAAGGUGCACUGCGUCGAGUGCUUGUGCAGGCCUAAAUGUUUUAUUCAAGGAUGUACUCUUUCUUACUGAGCUGCGCUGGGCUUGAUAUCGGUGCACACGUCCAGCCAUUCUUGCUUUAAAAUUUGCUACCUACAAAGAAUGUGUAAGUGGUGAGCCGUACCGAAUUCAUGUUGGCCCUGUGCGGGCUGAAGUUGCAUAGUGUGGUGUGUGUAAAGGUACCACCGAAUCUCAUAAUCACCGCAGUGUGCACAAGCUGAGCAACUGUGUCAUAUACUACUACUACUGUGUGGAUAAAAGCGUGGUAUGUACCCUCUGGGCACUGCCUUGUUAUCAAAGAGGACAGGUAUACCUGCUUAUGGAGUUAUUUCCAUUAAUUCAAGAUCAGUUAAUCUGACCUGAAUUUUAAUUUAACCCUGUACUAAUGUCCCAGGAGAAACCAAUGGUUUUCUAACUUCUUCCUAUUCUAACAUCAGAUUAUACAGUAAUCCAAACCAAUUUUUCAUGUGUCGUUACAGUUAAAAUCCACGGUAUCAUGUGUGUCAAGAAGUAAAUAGUGUGGAGGCAUCGCCUCUAAGUGUAGCCCAUUGCCGCUCAUGCAGUUGCAUGACAGUAAUUGAGACAGGAGAUCCAUGCCAACUAGAGGCAACAUUUUGUGUAAGUUAGUGUGUGAUAGAACAUUUUAACGUUUGUCAAGUAGGGGUUAUGCUCGGCCAAGCCGUCGUCGUACCGAGCCUUGUGAAAUGCUAACAUGCUGGUCAGUGUUCUUUGUGUUAUUAAGAUGGUGCGCACCAAGUACAGCACUUCUUUCUUACUUGCUCAUUUAUUUGAGCUUCUAAUGCAGCAAUUUCAAACUAUGUGUCUUGACAUGGAAGCAAGUAUGUUGAAUAAUGCACAUCUCAUAUUUUUUGUUCAUUGCGUGUCUGCAUGUCGAGCUGAGCUUGCAGAUUCUGGUUAGUUCAAAUAAAAAAAGUUGCGGGCACCAUCUGAUUUCAAAACACGCAUGCAAAGCAACACCCACGAGGAAAGUGCUUUCGUUGUAUUUACAGCAUGGCGUCAUUUGAAGCACGAAGCACAGUGGCUCCGCUCUGGUUCCAGCCAAAAUAUGUCCCAUGCAAUCAAUUGCAGUUAAAUUGGCCAUUUCUCACAGUGUAAAAUAUAUGCACCAGAAGUCAGUGUAAGAUGCACUGCAUGCCACCUGAUACCAAUGGCUGCAGUUUUUGUCAAUCGAGGUACAGUUUGCUGUGUGCUUGCAUUAUAAGGGGUUUUUAACUUAGUGUGAUAUAUGAUAUGUUACUGUGGUGUGUUAGUGCUGCUGUGCACGCACCAGUUUCUAGGAUGCUACUGAAGACAAAUCAAGAGAAUGUUUGGUUAUACUAUCACUGUGUUCCGUGUUAGAUGAUCAAGUAGAUGACACAGGAAAUAAAUAUGCUUUUAGGGUGUUCAUUGUCGCCAACGUAUCGGUGGCAUUAAUGCUGCGGUGUCAUCAUCUAGGUGUUGAUAAAAACUGUCCUGGCUUGGUACAGGCUUUGUAGGCCUAGCAUAGUAGGCUUAGCAUAGUAGGCCUAGCAUGGUAGGCCUAACAUAUGUAAUUGUAAUAAUACUUCCAAAACAUUGCUUUGCUAUCAUCAUAAGGUAAAACUGAGCAGUGGCUUAUUUUGCCAUUAAUUUCUAGUUCAUGACAAGCAGAAAGCAUGAAUACAGAUCAGUGUGGGCACUUCAAGCCAUGUUGUUGCUCAAUUGCAGCGACCGGCAGUGGCCACUGUGGUUCUGCAUAGCGUAGGACACACGUGCCCCAUGGGCCAACCAUAUCACAGUAGCAUAUUGCAUAUCACGCAAAGCAAGAGCUCUCUAAUGUUUAGCACCAAGUAUAAUAUUAUGGCAUAUCUCUAGCACCAGCAGCGUAGUGUUUGGGUGUGCACCGUUCUUCAUUAGAAAUAAGCACUUGUACUUGCACGUGUUGCUGCCAUGUUUUGGCCAAUUCUAGUAUAGAGAUUCCUUUUUUUGCAAUUGCAAUGCUUAUUACAGUGAGGCUGAGUCUCUUGUGGAAGUAGGUACCAUGACAAGUGAAGCACUGUAAAGGGCAGUGUGCCAUUUCUUUCCAGUAUUAACAACAUUGUAAGGUGUUCUCGCUUUAACUCUCAGUGUGAACUAAACCAGCACUUUAUUUUUGCCAGAGUGAUUCGAUCACUUAUUUUUGCCAUAGUCAAUCGUUUAUAUUACAAGACAGCGAUUGAAAUUUUUUUCAGACACCGUUCAGCUCGGAAGUUUUGUAAAUCUAGGAAGAUUGUAUACGCUAUUGUCCUUGGGAAGCAAGAAGAUUUUAGCUCUUCCUUUUGAGUUAGUCAUCUUUGGAGGCCAUUACUAAUACAUUAUCCAGAGACACGAAACAGCCAGCAUACUUGAUAAGCUGUGGCAUUGCAGAGUAGGUUCAUUGCUACUUGUGUAUAAAUGCACCAAACGUCCGACGUCUCUUUUGUGGAGUGAAACCAUUUUUUGCUGCCUGAAUGCACCGUUUCUGAAUGCUGCACUGACGUAGUUUGGAUUGUACUGCGUAGUAAUUUUGGAUGUAAAUGUGCAGAAGCCAACUUAGCACCCGAAAGUUUGUUUCAGCCUGUGUUUUGUGCUUUUCAAGUGGAAUAGUCGUACUUGUAUAAUUUUGCACCCACCAUGGCAACUCUGAUGAGUGGUAGGUCAUAGCUGAAUGAUUCCUAACUGUAAAGGAACAGGUGCCUAGUUGAAGGAUGUGCUUGUCAGAACUUUGGUGCUGUCUGUUUGGAUAGGCCCCUGCUUGUCACUGCCAUUUCCAGCAUUUUUUACACUAAAAGCAAUGUUGGGCCAGUGUGUACCAUUAACGUGAACCUGACUGCCUGGAGCAAAGUGCCGGUUGUUGCGACUGGGUGUCUUCUAACGAAAGAUGUGGAUCAGUUAGUUAUUUGGCUUUUCCUGAAUGCGUGUGUGCGUGCAUGUGUGCACAUGAGUUUCGAAUAGAUCCCCCUUUUUUUCUCAUGUUCAACAGUUCUAGGUUCAGUAAUUAAAAGCAGCAAGGAACGGUGAGGAUUACUUAUCAGAAUUUGCAACAGUUCUGAGAAUUUAAUCGUUUUCAACUCUAGACCAAGAAAGGUGGAGUCCAAGCACAUCUGUUUUUCUCGCAUUGAAGUUCAAAAUGGGUAACUUGCACCGACUCAGCCGACAUUCUAUUUUGCUUAAGUUCCUAGAAGUGGAACAUGCAUCGAGGCCCAAGAGCAUUAAUUUUUACACAGAUGAACACCUUGUUUGGAGCUUGCGAGCUAAUUUACGUUCUUCUAAUGGCAAUACGACUCAUUCCCGUGAAGUGUCUUUCGCGCCUUUGUCUUGGCCGUCCGUCCUUAGCACAGUCUGGCAGGAACAGAGCUAGACCGUGCUGCAAGCGAGGAAAAUUCCAUGCUUUCAGCUUUGUGAUGUGUUCUUUACUAAACCAAUGGGAUGCCGUCACCAGAUAUAUUAUCAGAAAUUGCAAUCUUCUCAUCAUUCCUUACAUGUGCAAAAUUGUUUGCUGGACCAGGAACGGUGUAAAUCAGUAUUAAGGUCUGUUUUGUCUUUCUUUUUGCCUUAUAAGUGAAGAAGAAGAAUGAGGCUGUCCGAUGCACACACUCUGGCCUCUGGUGCCACUGAGCAUUCUUCAAUAUCCUUUAGAGGUUUUGGUUUGGUUGUUUUAUUGAAAGCUGUUCCCACUUAACAUCUAAAAAAAAAGGCAGGAGUCGGGGGAAGAUGGACGAUUGUAUGAAUGUCCUAAUGAAACUUUACUGCAAACGAAUCUCUCACCCGCAUGUACGAAGAAAUCUGAACUCUCAUGAGGCUACAUCUUAUACUUCAAAAUUUGAUUUCGUGUUCUAGACUCCCGUAUGGCACUGCUUGUUUCAAAUAGUUACUUUGCAGUCCCAGGGAGACAGGCAGCACCAAACAGAUGGGAACAGGUGUUAUAUUGUCAAAGUGAAGGGACCAGCGUAAGAUCAUGUGCUGGAUCAAUGACAGCACCAGGUAUACAUGAUUCUUAUGUGCCAAGUCUGGUCAAUUGAUUACUUGCAGUCACUGUCAGCUUCUACAAGAUUUUUCUCAUCUUGAUUAGUCAUUUUUAACUAAUUUAUACUGAUCUUUCUCACGUGGAACUUAUGAGAUUGAAUGCUAAGGGGUAAAUGAAAGCUAAAGAGUCAGCUACGGAAGUGGUUACUGAAUGGUUUUAUUUAUGCCUUGUGACCUUGGCCAUUUGUCAAGUUUUUUUUUUUUUUCUUCUCUGUCGACGAUGUCUUAUUCUGGAGGCAACAUUGUAGUUGGGCGUUUCUGGAACCCGAGCAGUGACUACAAACGAUGAGACCACAAAAGCAAGUGCGAGUUUGUGGCAUGAUCAAGGCAUAAAACGUCACUAAAUCAUGAUUCUUGUCCUGUUGAUCAACUUUCAGAACAAUGUUUGUCAUGUUCAUAUAAUAUAAAAAGGCCACUGUGGUCCCCAUUUUUUUGCUUUUGUUUGUUUGUUUCGGAGAUUAACACAUCAUGUAUUCAUUAAAAAAUUUAAAGCUUGCCUGAAGGUCUCUUCAGUAACAUACUCGUUGGUCAAAUCAUUUAAGACAAUUAUGUACCACUCAGAUGUCUCAGCAUUCAACUUUUUCACUUUGGUUUUCAUGGCUACACUUGUAAAGUUUUCUGGGCUUCGUUAUUAAUACGCAUAACUCUAUGAAUGCGCGUGUCAGUAAGGGCUGACCUCAUUUUUAAUGUCCUGAAGAACAGUUUCUCAAGUUCGUCAAUUUUUGGUGUUGUUUUUUAUUACAUUGGUAGUUGACUGCCAGUACGGGCAUCUUGAGCCAGAAUAUUUCAGUCUGCCCUGAUGAUGCAUUUAGGCUAUGAUCUGUGUUGCACGUGGCGUGUUAUUUACUAGUAAGGUACAGUGUUAACUUCAUUUCCUAUCCUAUUGUGUUCAAACCUGACAGCUGUAAUUCACAGCACACCUUUUUGUCUGUGGGUCAUGUGGACAUUUGGGACCAGUUUGAGAAAAGCUUGAUCACAGGAUUUGCAACAGCAAACUUUCUUUGAAAUUCGUGCUGAUCAUGCUGAACAGAACUGUGCCCACAGCUUGAGAGUUGAGUAAGGUGUCUUAAAAUGUCUCUGGAUGUUUAAUAGGCAUAACAAGAUUUGCACAAAUUUAAAAAUUACGUCCAAAAGUGUUUGUAAGGUAUUUGGUUCUUGCGUAUGCUCUAUCAGCUAUGGUUUUGCAGAGUUGUAUCUGUUAUAUUAAAAAGAAAAGAAAAAAAUGGGCACUUUUGACCACACAACCGCAUUAAUAACAAAUAUCUGUUUUGUUAAGUUUGUGAAACUAUUGAGGACAAAAUUAAAGUUCCGCAGCUGUAAGUUUUUGUAAUGAACUUCCUCAUUGAAAUGUUGCUGGUCUUACUUGAGUUAUACUACUUUAUCAUUCCCCCCCCCCCUUUUUUUUUUUUGAUAAACACACUUGCUUUAACUCAUCCUAUCAAAGCUUGGUGCAGUCACUUUUUCCAGUACAAGGAUUUUUUUAUUAUUUUGAUACACGUACAAUAAUUAGAAGUCUGAUGACAUAUGGUUGUAUUUCUUUUACAUCUUUAGCAUUUUUUUACUAAUUUAUUUUUUGUUUCUUGAAAAACUAAAAGUAAACUGCCAACUAACCCAAUGUCGCACCUUGCUGCAGAAAGAGACUUCUUCUUUUGCUGCUGCAGACCAUUUUUGUGUAACUGAGGCCUAUUUUUAAAGUUUCUUAAUUGUGAUUAACUUUUCUUUUUUCUCUUACUGUAGAUUUAUAUAGGGACCAUUAGAAUUAUUUUUACCUUACUCUAUAACCUAAAACAGCCAAAAUAACUAAUACAUUCACAUCUUUGCAUUGUGUUUCCAAGUAUAUCUGCAGGGUUUGUAGUGUUAAGUGCUUUAGCUUUUAAAGGUGACGUGCAUGUAAUGGUGCAGACAAAUGUUAUUGUGACGUGUGAGCUGUGGCCAGACUGCAUUCCAGUGCCCUCGUGAGUGAGAUGAACAUUAAAGCACACAUGCAAGCCUUCAAGCACUGAUCAGCAAUUCACAGCUCUCAGUGAGAACCAGUGAAUCAGAUCUUCAUUAGCGGCAUCUGCAGCUGAACAAUUGCUAGUGUGAUGGCAGUAGUAGCAUAGCUGUUUCUGCAGUAUGUAUGCACUAGACAUGCCAUCAUGACAUAAGCGACUGUGGCUGUGCUCCGAGUGUCAUUACGCUCCCGAGUGUUCAGAUGCAGAAACUGAAAACAACUCUCCAACCCACUGGUAACGAAAUAGAUUAGGAAGUGUGAACUGGCUAUCAGCCCUGGCCUGCGCGCAUGUGUGAUCUCAUUUUUAGAUUCUCCCCGAUGCUGCUAAAGGGCACCGGGAUGCAGUUUCUCCAGAACUCGUGUGUUCAAAAUACCUUUGCCUAUGCCCGUGCAGUUUCGGAAAGAAGAAAUUAAUGAGACAUUGUCAUAUGCAAAAGAAAAUUGCUGUCUAUGACUGCAAGUUUGUCAUGCCCCCUCAAUUCCGUAUCGCUCUGUAUUUUACCAAUAUUGCCAUUGUCGUAAUGACUUAAAUUUUUCUGUUGUGCAAUAUGUGCAGUGCCGUCAUAUAUGGCAGAGAACAUUGUCUUUGCAGUAAAUAUAAUGAAUUAUCAGUUGUGAUGAAGUAAACGUAGGAUAGUCUUGCCAAUAAAAACAAUGCUGCAAAUAUACGUUUAUGGCAAAUAUUUUUAUACAACGAAACCGUUUCCAUGUCAGAUGCGACUUCAUUAUGAGGUUUGACUUUACUAAUGACUUGAGGUCACCAGAUGCAUGUUUAAAAUUAAAAGAUUAAUGUUUUACUAGUUCCUCAUUAAUAACACUGCAUAAUGGGUCAAGGAUUAAUGCUUAGAAGCAAUUGCUAAUUGAAUGUUCUGUGCCAUAUAAGGCUGUGCUGCACAACUAACGUGUCGGUUAUGCCUUUUGUGUUCAUGUGUGUGUGUGUGUGUGUGCAUGAAAAAUAGAAAUCAGCGUACAGCUGGCUUUUUGAUCAGCGUUUAAUGCAACGUCAAAACGGGUGCUGCUAUGUUUCUUAUUUUAAUUUAACUUUUUUCCAUUGCACGUUAGGAGUGUACAGCGCCUAGCCAGUGGUGUAAUGAGUCUGAUCAAAAGAGUACAUUGUACACAACUGUCGUGGCAAGUGGUGGCAUGUAGAUGACGCCAGAUUUUUACAAGCAAUAGUGGUGCGAACGCUCCUACUGAACAGGGUGGGAGUUGCUGUAUUGCAUACGAAGGUGUGUGUGUAUAUAAUAUAUGACCUUGUAACAGUGUUUGUGUGUGUACAUAAAAUUUUGAAUAAAGACAACACAUUUGCUAUAUG